CAGAGGCUUGCCCAGAUGCCCAGUGUACAAUUACAGCUGGGCCUCUUUUUUUCUUCUUUCCCUUUCCCUUUUCUCCUGGUCCGCCCCAUCACCCACUCGCCGCCCAUUCCAUUCCCUCUGCACCUUUCCCCCCUUCUCUCCUUGUUUGAGUUUUUUUAAUUCUUCCUCGGUUUUUCUUGGGAAUCGGGAGAAAUGGUCAGGCGCAAUCAGAGCUCCAUGCUCGGCGUCUCUGGGCUUCCCUCACGACUUGUUCUCGCUCCCGCUCUCAAUCCUGGCGCACAUCUUGCUGGUUUCCCCUAAAAGGUCGCCCAAGUUCGCGCCCGGAACGUCAUGGGGGCUUCUGCACUCUGACCAAGCCCAUCUCACCCCCCAAACACUGAACAGCUCUGCACCGCACCACACACCACACAAUACCAUACCACACACUUACACACAUCCUAGCCUUUUGUGGUUUUCUUCCUGGACCGGUUUUUUUCUUCAAGCUACCCUGGACGUCCCCCAUAUAUUAAAGCCUUCCCGCUGCCUGGGGACCUGGACCUCCGUUAAUAAGCGGCAACCGGUGUUGAUGUGUUGUGGAGAAACACUGGUUUUCUGUUGAAGAUAAUCGACCUUGGGAGACAGCCCGGAAGAAGCAAAAGAACAAGUUUAAACAGAGAGAAAGGACCAGAGGAAAAAAACAAGUCGAGACGAGGGAGGAUCACACACAAACACACACACAUACACAAACACACAUACACACAAACACACACACACAUACUUUACACCGUCGUCGACGCCGCCACCGACGCCGCCGCCAUGUCCCUACACAACGGCGCAUACAGCCAUCAAGGCUACUCAGCGCCGCCUUACAGCCAGGGAUAUCACCACCCGCCGGGGGGCCAGAUGUACGCCCAAGGUCACAGCAACACACAAAUCUACUACACGCCCGACAGCAACAACGCCGACGACGCCGCGUCUUCGUCGGCGUCGUCGGCGCGGCACUGGUACGGCCAGCCCGGCCGGCCCCGCAGCGAAUGCUCGCCGGCCGUCGUGGACGACAGCUUCGCCCGCAAGAGGCGGCGCCUUACCUACAUGUAUUACGUCCUGCGGCAGAUCGCCACCAUCGUGCCGCUGGUCAUCAUGUUCCUCAACAUCAACAUCUACGUCUCGCGGCGCGGCAAGUACCUCAACGACUCGACGAGCCCGGCCGACCCCAUCUUUUACACCAUGUGGCUGACCGUCCCCAUUUCUUUCUUGAUGUUGAUAUGGUCCCUCACGACCGUGAUAUGGCGCAAGAGGGAGCCGUACCGCGGCGGCAUUCCGAAGCAUGUCCAUUUCGGCAUGGAGCUGUGCUUCGCCAUGGGGACGACCAUCUGCUGGGUCCUCCUCGUCAUCCAGAUCGAGUCCAAGAAGUCCAACGGCUACUACGCGUACCCGUACAUCCAGUACGAGGCGGCCCUGGCAUUCCUGCUGGGUCUCAUCAUGAUGUCCGAGUUUGGGCUUAUCGCCCGCGCGUGGUUCGAAUUCAGCCACGACAGGACCCGACACGGGAACGAGGCCAUGGUGCAGGUGUAACUCGCCGACGCUCACCCUUAUUCUCUUGCAUUUCUCUCUGUUUAUUUUUCUUCCAUGGUGAAGAUUGUACCAAGAAAUACCCCGUAAUACGGAGCCAUUCGGCACGGCGUUGAAAGGACUGGAGUUUGAAAAGGGGAGGGGGGCCUUGGUUUUCGAGGGAUAUACAACGUCGGCGGCUCCCCCCUCCCCUCCCCGCGCUCCCCUUGUUGAUUUUCAAAAAGACAAAAAACACCCCGGCAUGAGAGAUACCCAUACGUUAAAGAUACCAUUAAUCAAGAAAUACUGAAAUGUUCCGUAUAGACACACGCCUCGCUCCUGUUCAUGUGCUCGCUCUCUCGUCCGUCCGUCCGUCCGCCGCCGAUACUGUACUGGCUGUGUGAUCGCCCCUCCCC